AUGUCUCCCGCCUUCGCCGCCCGCAACGCUGCUCGCUUCGCUGUUCAGCGUAGACAGUUUACUCUCCUCCACAACAUGCGCAACGUCGCCCGGUCCUUCGAGCCUCAUCCCUUCCAGAGAAUGUCGCAGACUGGUGUUCACGCCAAGCCUUACUACGGUGCCAUGAUUAAGAAGCGUGCCGUCACCGCAGCAAUGUUCUUCCCCCUUGCUUUCGGCAUCCUCGGCUGGCCCUACGCAAGCAUGCUGCUUGUCGAUGGCCACAUGUAA